AUGCUCCAACCCGGCCGGCCCAACUCAACCCCCCACGCCGUCACCACCGCCGAAUGGGAGCGAAACCGCCUAAUCGCCUACAUCUCCGGCACCGCCCUAAUAGUCCUCUCCUCGCCCACCACGCUCCUGCAAACACUCUACCACGACGCCCCCCUCACCGCCGUGACCCUCGACGCCACCACCGGCGCCAUCGCCGUCUCCUCCGCCAACACCGCCCACAUCUACCACCCCGACAACCGCGGCGAAGGCUUCCUCACCUGGGUGCUCCACACCACGAUAACCCUUCCCCCCGCCGACGGCGCCAUCACCUCCCUCUCCUGGUCACCCACCGCCGAGCUCCUCAUCGGCUCCUCCUCCCUCACCCUCUGGUCCACCGCCUCCACCACCCCGACCCCCCACCCCCUCUGGCGCCGCCCGCUCGCCAACCCCUGCCGCGCCGCCGCCCUCUCCCCCGACGGCACCCUCGCCGCCUCCAUCGGCCCCGCCGACCGCCUCGUCAAGGUCUGGCGCCGCGUCAGCAUCGGCAGCGAGUCCCUGCAGUUCGACUACACCUACCUCCCGCACCCGCGCGCCGUCAGCGCGCUGCACUGGCGCCGCUGCGCGCGCGGCGGCGGCGGCGCCGACGAGAACGUGCUGUACACGGUGGGCGUGGACGGGGUGCUGCGCGUGUGGGCGCCCGUGUGGCCGCACGACGUGGGCGUGCUGCAGCUGUGGGCCGUGGUGGACCUGACGUGCGGGGCCGCGGGGGCCGCGGCGCGCUUCGUGCUGGUGCUGGAUAGCGGGUGUGUUGCGGUGGCGGCGGAGGCGGCGGUGGCGAGCGCGGGAGAGGCGGAGAAGGACAUGGAGGUGCUGCAGAGGCUCAUUGAGGUGGCCAGGCGCGGGCCUGAGAUUGUGCUGGCGGUGGAUGCGCGGGGGAGGAUGUCGGCGUGGGGCGUCGAGAAUGUGGGCUGUCGGACGAGGAAGACGACGAAUGUGUUUAGCAUCCUGGAGGGCGCGGAGGGGUCGGGGUUGGAGCCGUUUCUGCAGAAGGAGGGGGAGGAAGGGGCGUUUGUGUGCUUCCAGGCGUGGCCCGGUGGGAAAGGCCUGAAUGUGCUCGCGCACGUCUUUGACGGGCGGCUGUGCUGGUUCGAGGCCCGGCUCGACCGGCUGCUCGACCUGUCGCCGCGCGGGAAGAGGAUGGACGUGCUGGGCGUGCUCUCGGGCCACUCGACGCCCAUCGAGACGCUGGUGCGGACGGCCGACGGAAAGGCCAUGAUCACGCUCACGCGGGACAACGAGCACAUCGUGUGGACGCAGCCCCGGGGCGACCACUUCACGCUCAACAGGCAGAGCUCGCUGAAGCCGGACAUGCAUGUGCACAGAGCGGUGGUGCUGGACGACGGAAAACUGGUAAUGACGAUGCACCAUGAAUGUGUGGUCCUCUGGAACACGAGGCAGCAGCGCGCGAAGGAGAUCGCGCGCCUCCCGUACAGCUCCAAGGGGAAGAUGCUCUGCCUGCUGCUUCUGCCGGAGGCGAAGGACACCCGUGAGAAGCUCCAUGUGGUGGGCCUGACCUCGGAGAUGAAGGGCAUAGCCUGGGAGAUCAGCACGACGGCCUCGCCGCCGAGUCUGCGUGAGUUCGCAACGUUCGAGCUGGACCACGACGAGGACCUGCUCAUGAUCCUCCCCGUCGACCCCGUCGGCUGGAACGCCACCCUCUCGCCGUCCAGCACGCUCGACACCUUCUCCCGCGAGGUCGCAACAACCGUCAACGCCUCCGGGCUCCUGAAAUCCUUCACCGCAAAGCUCUCCCCCACCGACACCCCGCCCACCCUGCGCUGGCUCCCCACCAGCACGGUCCCCACGGGCAUCGCCAACCCGGCCCUCGCCAAGGGCAACUCCAUCCGCAAGAUCGCGCUCGUCAACGCCGCGCGCAGCACGCUGACCAUCUGGGACUCGCGCGCGGCGCAGCUCGAGCACAGCCAGGACUUUGCGACCGGCGACGCCAUCCGCGACCUCGACUGGACGAGCACGCCCGACUCGCAGGGCAUCCUCGCCGUCGGCUUCCCGCACCGCGUGCUGCUGCUCUGCCAGCUGCGCUACGACUACCUCGCCCACGGGCCCAGCUGGGCCGCCUUCCGCGAGAUCCGCACGCGCGACCUGACGCCGCACCCCAUCGGCGACUCGCUCUGGCUGGCCAACGGCGGCCUCGUAAUCGGCGCGGGGAAUCAGCUGUUUGUGCACUCGCGCCGCAUCGAGGAGACGGACGGCAUGGGCCUGGCGCUGCCUGCCCACCACAAGGGCCGCCUCGACGACGACGUGUUUGAGAUUGUCAGUGUCCUCAACGGGCCAGUGCCCGUGUACCACCCGCAGUUCCUGCAGCAGUGCAUCCUAGCGGGCAAGAGCGCGCUGGUCGAGGAGAUCCUAGUGGCGCUGCACAGGGCGCUGCGCACCUGGCACGAAGAGAUCCCACUCGACAACCUCCUCGACAUCCCGAUCGAGCGCUUCCUCAUCCCCGACGACGACACCAGCGGCGGCGGGGGCGGGGGCGGGGGCGGGGCGCGCAACCGCGCCGCGGCCGGCGGCUUCUUCGACUAUCUCGCCGAGGAGGAGUUCAGCAGCUUCGACGAGGCGCUGGCGGCCUCGCUGUGCGCGCUGCUGGUCAAGAUCCCGAUCCCGGCGCUCACGGGCAGCGAGCAGAUCAUGCUGGCGGGCACCAUCGAGUGCGUCGGGCAGGUGCGGCAGCACCGGCGCAGCAUCGACGAGAAUGCCGCGCGCUAUCUGCUCUUCUACCGGCAGGGCGCGCUGCAGCGGAAGAAGGAGGCGGCGGCGGUGUCGUACCGCGAGGUGGUGUGGGCGUUCCACAGCGAGUCGCAGGAGAUCCUGUCGGACAUUGUGAAUCGCGGCAGCAUGACGUGGGCGGCGGCGAGGGAGUGUGGGAUCUUCCUGUGGCUGCGCGAUGAGGCGGCGGUGAGGCGGCAGAUGGAGGUUGUGGCGCGGAAUGCGUAUAAUAGCACUGAUGAGCGCAAUCCGGUGCAUUGCAGUCUGUAUUAUCUGGCGCUGCGGAAGAAGGCGGUGCUGGUGGGGCUGUGGCGCAUGGCGGCGUGGAACCGCGAGCAGGCGGGGACUAUGAAGCUGCUUGCGAGCGAUUUUAGGGAGGAGCGGUGGCGGACGGCGGCGAAGAAGAAUGCGUAUGCGCUGUUGGGGAAGCGGCGGUUUGAAUACGCAGCAGCCUUCUUCCUCCUCGCCGACAGCCUCAAAGACGCCGUCAACAUCUGCCUCGACAAGCUCGACGACCCGCAGCUCGCCAUCGCCAUCGCCCGCGUCUACGACGGCGACGCCUCGCCCGUACUGCACUCCCUCCUCGAGCACCGCAUCCUUCCGCUCGCCGCCGAGCACGGCAACCGCUGGCUGGCCUCAUGGGCCUUCUGGAUGCUGCGCAAGAAGGACCUGGCCGUGCAGUCGCUUCUUAUGCCACUAUGCUCCCUCCUCCCCACCCCCGCGGCCACGCCCGCCUCGCAGCUGUUCACGUCCGACGACCCCGCGCUGGUCAUCCUCUACCACCAGAUCCGCGAGAAGACGGUGCAGACGCUGCGCGGCGCGGCGCGCAUCAGCCCGGCCGACGAGAGCGCGUUUGUGCUGCACACGGCACGGCUGUAUGACCGCAUGGGGUGCGACCUGCUGGCGCUGGAGCUGGUGCGGAAUUGGCGCUUCUUGCCGGCGGGCGGGGAUAGGGUGGGGGUGCUGGGGGGUGCGAAGGUGGGAGGUGCCGGGGAGAGGGUCAAGAUGGGGAGGAGGAGGGGGUCGGUGACGGUGGUGGAUAUGGAUGUGCCGGGGAUGGGGGGCAUGGGGGGCGUGGGGGCCAUGGGGAUGGGGAUGGGGGGGGUAGGGGGUGCGGGGGUGAGGCCGCCGGUGGCGGUGUUUCAGGAGCCGGAUAUGAGUUGGGCGUUUUAG